AUGAACCAGGGCGGUAGAGGGCAGCGGGCUGGCCCUCUUCGGAGCCGUCCAGAGGAAGAGCCUGAUGGGGUAAGCUGUGGGGCGAGCGGCACAGCCCCCCGAGAUGGUACCGUAAGCCAAAUCUCGAAUGCUCCCAGAAGGGAAAGAAGGAGCUUAAGCUUGGACGGGAUCAGAAACCCUCCCGCUGAAGUUCCAAGACGAGAUGGACGAGCACGAUGGAAUGAAGAGGAAAACAUCCUACUUUUACGUGUUCAUUACAUCGCAAAGGAUCUGGAACUCAACACAAACGCCAACUACAGAAAAUCUUUAGCAGACAUCUGGAAUGACUUAAACCCACGCAAGCAAUCAUACGCCAACCUGUUGGCCAACAGAGUCAAAUGGCUCUUGACUAACGAAAAGUUCACAAACACCGAACUAAACCACAUAAAACUCAGCUGCUAUCCGCGUGGAGCUACAGUGGGAUGCGACGAUGAAAUUGAGGAAGAAAUUGCCACCCCAACACCCGAAACACCCGGAUCUGGCAAAAUAGAGCAGGAACUACUGAAAAACUAUUUACUAUACGCCGGCGUGUUACCUGAAAGCAGACCAAGAAUACCAAGGUUAAAAGGCUCAAAGAUCAUGCAACAGAAAGUAAAAGAAGUCAAUGAAAUCAUACAGAAUAACUUACCGGCCACCUGGGAGUUAAGAAAUGUGGUAGACUACGUGUAUGCAGGAGCAAUCACUGUAUGCUCAGAGCUAGGCAUGAAAAUAAAAGAUACUCCACCUAAAAAGAGGAACACACUACCACCCUGGAAACACCGCCUAGAAAAAAAGAUCACUGCAAUAAGGAAAAACAUUGGCAUACUUCAUACUUACCUGAACGCAGAAACACCAUCCAGCAGGGUCGCAAAGCUGACACGCCGAAUAGCUUCUGAAUUUAAAAUCAAGGCCCGGAACAACCGCUACAGGGAGAGCAUAGCAGAAAUAUCUGACAAGCUGAAACAAAAAAUUAAAGCUUUAGGUAGUAGGAUGCAAAGAUACAACGACAGGGUGAAAAGAUACCAGAACAACCAUCUCUAUUACAAAAAUAAACAGCAAUUCUUCCGCCGCCUAGAGCAGAGCAGUCCCAAAAAUGAAAACGCGCCUACGGAGGAAUCCAUUCACUCUUUCUGGAAGGAAAUAUGGGAGGAAGAAAGAACGCACAACAACCGAGCACACUGGAUUGGGGAUGUGGAAGCGGAAUCUGGCAAAUACAGUAUGGAUAACAUAAAAAUCACUGAAGAGGACAUAAAAGCGACACUGAAAAAGGCAAACAACUGGUCUUCCCCAGGUGUAGACCAAAUACAGAACUACUGGUGGAAACACUUCACGGCAAUACACAACCACCUGGCAAAACUUCUCCAAGAAGCGCUCAGUAACCCCACCAAAAUACCUGAUUUUUUCACACUGGGAGUCACGCACAUGAUUCCAAAGGGAGAAAACACCUCAGACCCCAAACAAUACCGGCCGAUAACCUGUCUCCCGACUGUGUACAAAAUUCUAACGGGAGUACUAACCCACCAUAUCUGGAAGCAUGUUAACAAGAACAAAAUACUAGCACCAGAACAAAAUGGAUGCCGUGGAAGUACCAGAGGAUGCAAAGAACUCCUAAUCUCCGACCUAAUAAUAACCAAGAAAGUCAAGAAAAGGCAAAGAAAUAUUUCGGUUGCGUGGUUAGAUUAUCGCAAGGCCUUUGAUUCCGUACCGCACACAUGGUUAAUAAAGACACUCCAAUUUUACGGAAUAUCGAAGCCGGUCAUUGAUCUUUUAAAGCACCUUAUGGAGACAUGGCGCACACAAUUGGUGGUGAAUACGGGGAAAGUGAACUACAAAACCUCCCUCAUAAGAAUCAAGAGAGGCAUCUUUCAGGGAGACACCCUCAGCACCCUCUGGUUUUGUCUCGCCCUAAAUCCCUUAAGUAAACUGCUAAAGGAUCAAAUCUACGGAUACGUCAUCCAAAAGACUCCGAGUACCAAGAUCAGUCACCAGCUGUACAUAGAUGACCUCAAACUCUAUGCUGCCAACGAAGACCAGUUGAAGAAACAAUUAAAAAUAGUGGCAUCCUUCUCACAAGACAUAGGACUGGAACUGGGAAUUGACAAAUGUGCCGUUGUCCAUGUAAAGAGAGGCCGUGUGCAAGAGGGAGCAGGCCUGGCCGUGAUGGAGGACCUCACAAUACCACAACUGGGAACCCGUGAAUCCUAUAAAUACCUCGGUGUACAACAGGCACUAGACAUCAAAACAACCGAGAUGAAAACUAUCUUCAAAGAAAAGUUCUUAAGCAGACUGAAAAAGAUACUUCAGAGCAAGCUUAAUUCGAAGGCCAUGUUCGAAGCUAUAAAUAUAUGGGCAGUACCCUGUAUAAGCUACUCGUUUGGAGUCAUCAAAUGGUUCAACACGGAACUAAAAGAUAUUGAUCAGAAAGUUAGGGCACUACUCACCAAACACGGCAUUCACCAUCCGCAUGCAUCCGUCAAUAGGUUAUAUGUUCCAAGGCAUGAAGGGGGGAGAGGGCUGCAGAACCUGGAAAUGAUACAUGACAGAACAGUUCGCGACACAAGAGAAUAUUUUCUGAAUAAAAACUUACCGUUUCACCGAACCAUAUGUCGAGAAGAUGACCGCUUGAGUCCGCUGAACCUGGCAGGACAAAUCGAACCACAACAACUUACCAUCGAAAAAUUGACUCAGGAGUGGCACAGCAAAGCGCUACAUGGAAGGUAUCCCGGGACCCUAAAAAACGAUCACGUCAAUAAAGAAUACUCACUUACUUACCUUAAAUCCGGAUACCUAUUUCCUGAAACUGAAGGAAGAUUGAUCGCCAUUCAGGACCAAGUGGUCCCAACAAGAUCAUACAUUAAGAACAUUACUAGACGCAACAUACCCACGGAUAAAUGUCGAAAGUGCUCCCAGGUGACUGAAUCCAUUCAGCACGUCACCUCAUCUUGCUCCAUCCUGGCUCCAACUGACUAUACGCAGCGACAUGACGCGAUGGCCAGAGUUUACCAUCAGGCGAUAGCCAAAAAGUGCGGACUAAUAAAAAAAACAGUAAGACCGUUUGAAUACCGACCCAGUAACAUAUUAGAAAACGAGCACUACAAAUUAUACUGGGAUAAUUUUAUCACAACGGACCAGACAAUCAAACACAACCGACCCGACAUCCUGCUCCACAAUAAAAUAGAGAGAACGAUGGAAAUCCUGGACGUUGCUAUCCCGGCCGAUGACAACAUAGCUAAAGCUUUCACGGAAAAACUAACGAAGUAUCAGGACCUGGCAUUUGAGAUGAAGACAAUCUAUGGCCUCAAAUCAACAACCAUACUGCCACUAGUCAUGUCCACCAAUGGGCUAGUGGAGAAACACCUAGUUGACAACACCCUAAGACUAGGUUUAGAAAAAGAGCUCGUGAGCACAGCUCAAAAAGAAGUAAUCCUCGCCAAUACUAGACUGGUGAGGAAGUUCCUUACAUCCCUCUGA